GCCGCCGCCUCCCUCCCGCAGCCGGCGGCGCGGAGCGGUGCGGAGCGGAGCGGCAUGGACGGAGCCGCGGCGUCGCCGCCAUGGAGCAGCAGCAGCAGCAGCAGCCCGGCGGCGAGGAGGACUGCGGGGACUCGGGAGCCGAGACGGGAGGGUCUGAGUACAGCCGCAUGUCCUCUACCAGCAGUGAACUUUCUGUGGAAGAGAUACAGGACCCAUUCCUCGUUAGUGUACAUAUUAUCACCGACCCAGGUGAAUCCAAGACUCUUCAGCAAGCCAUCGAUAAGCUCCUAGCCUGGAUCCACCCGGACCUCCAGCUGUUUCGAGUCUCAGAAAGACGCCUGUCCAAGAAGCGCAGGAAGCCAGGUAAGGCUGGGGUUCCUCAGCCAGCCCUUGCCGUCAUUCUGUUCCUGCAGGAGGAAUACGGAGAGGAGCCCAUCUUGCAGCUCCACGAAACCUUUCAGCGGCCACCUUGGCAUUACCACCACACAGAGCGAGUGCACGGGAAGUUCCUCCCUUACAUGCCAUGCAGCCAGGACUUUUACACCUUGGCUCCUGAGACCCCUCUGUGGGCCAUUCGCCCAGUGCAUUACGGGAAGGAAAUUAUCCGCUUCACGAUAUACUGCAGGAAUGAAAACUACACCGACAUUUUGAAGUUGUAUGAGUUAAUACUGAAAAGACCGGUAUGUCAGAAAAAAGCAGACUUUUGUGUUUUUCCUGUCUAUUCGAACAUGGAAAUAGACAUUCAGUUCUCUUUAAAAAAACUUCCAAAGGGCCAAAUACCAGUGCCAACCGAGUCAGCAGUGCUGGAAUUCAGAGUGAAAGAUGUCGGACAGCUCGUUCCUCUCUUGCCCAACCCUUGCAGCCCAAUUAGUGAAGGCAGGUGGCAGACUGAAGACCACGAUGGAAAUAGGAUCCUCUUGCAGCAAGCACGCAGUUGGUGUAGGAAGUCUGCAAAGCAGAACAAGCAACCAUAUCCAUCUGUGUCAACAGAUUCCCGCUUCACCACUUUGCCAGGCUUUCUUCCUCAGAGCCACCAGCCUGUCCCUGAACAACCAGAAGAAAAGAGUCAAAACAAGGUACAUCACGCAAACGGCCUUGGUCAUCAUCUUGGUUUCUCCCAGCAGGACUUGAGGCACGGUGAUCGAGGAGACUUCGCUCGCAGAUCCAGCAGUGCUUCUAGCAUUUCGUGGUCAUUUCAACGAAGCAAGUCUCUGUUCUGCUUGCCCACAGUGAGCACCUCCCCAACCUCAGAGACUGUUCAUUUCAGUGAACCAUUUCAGUUUUCAAAUACUGGGUCACCUGCAACGAGGUUGAAAACAUGGAGAUGCAGCCCCAGGCUUAACAUCGAUGAUUUGGAGGGUGCACAGGAGACUGAUGUAGACACGGGGAGGAAGCUGUCCUUCUCAGACCUGUCUGUGGUCUCUGCAUACUCUGCCCUGAAUGGAUUUUGUAGUGACUUGGAAGCCUCUCUUCCCCCACAGAAGCAAACUAUGGCUACGCAGGCUGCUACCAGUGGAAGGCCUGUAUCUGUCAUGUGCAAUACCUUUGAGCCUGGGGAUGGUUCACUACCUUCUCUCUCUGAAUGGUCUUCCAGCUCAUUUAGGUCAGCAUCUCUCUCCAAGCAGCCCAAACAGCCCUCGAGAGCAGCCCCUUUUUCUCUGGAUGACUGUGGUAGCAUUUACCCAGCUUCACCAACUAACGAAGAAGAAUUUUACAUCUGAGGUUUCUCUGUCUCCCAGGGCAAAUGUGUUCUUCUUGUGAUGUCCAUGGUGGGCCUAGUCUGAGCUUACAGAAAUUUCCUCACGAAGAAGAAGGUGAUGCAGCAGAGCAUGCUAAAUAUUUGACAAAAGCUCUCAGAUCCUUCAGAGAUGGGUGUCCCCAAACUAUGUACUGUAAAGCAGUCUGAGCUGGUGCCCAAAACCUCUGUCCUGGAGAGGGUGAUCUGUACCGAGGCUUGUCCAUGGCAGUGCAAGGUGGAUGGUUUCUGUGACCGAUCUUUGGACUGGCAGUGAAGGAAAUUCCAGAAAAGAUGUAAAAUAAUAGAAUUUUCUUUGGCAGAAACUGAAGAGUAAUUUGUGACACCAAACAGCUUCAACUUUUCUGGGAAAUUAUUUUAACUAUGGAAAGAUAUCGGGAGAAAGGGAUCUUCUUUCCCUUUUACAAGUUCUAAAGGCAACUCUAAGGACAGCAGGUCCCAGCAGCACAUCUCCAGUAGCCUCAGACAAGAAGUUUCCAGUGGGGACACAGAUGGUUCCUUCUAACCUCUGAGAGUUUACAGUACUGAGAGGGGGAGAAGCUCCAUUUCUUCCACAGGGAAGAGGAAUAUCCACUGGAUCUCUUUAUUUUGACAGUCCGGGGUAUGGAAAGUGCCAAACAGGAAACCUUACAGAACAUUUUCUACCCAUCUCCACAUGAAUCCCAUUCUUUCCAGCUGUGACUGUAGUCUGAAUCACUCGUGUAGUCAAUGGUAACCUAAGUAAAAAAUGUUUACUACUUCCAACUCAGGCAAUACAGAUUUUACCUUUUUGGAAUGCAAAACAAGAGACAUAACCCAGCAUUUUUAUAUAUUGCUACACCACUAGUCCUGAAUAUAUAGCAACUUCCUGCUUUUUUAGGGGUUGUUAUUUUUCUGUUAAAAACAAUUGAUGCAAAAAUGUAUUCUUCAUAUUUUCAGUGCAAGCGUACUUGGUUUUGGGUAAAAUGCAUUUUCUCUCAAAUAAAUCUAUCCAAAGGGAAAACAAGUCAGAUUUUACUGGCUUUUCAAGUUAUAUUUUUAAAAUACACAUUCUUGAUAACCUGGUUUACUCCAAUUAAAUUGUUAUUAAUAAUAAUAAUAAUAAAUAAAUUGUAAGUACAAAGCUAUUAAUAUGGCAGCUAAGUACCUUCAGCAGGAUUUAAGUCAGAUUUAUAGAUUGAUUAUAGUUCUGAAAACUUACGUUGGUGCCAGAGAGAAGUGGCACUGACUGCAGUUCUGGUUUAGCCAGUAGGAAAGUGACCCUGAUAAAAGGUGUAUGUUUAAUGCUGUAUGUAAUCUAUAUGCAGGUGCACAUGCUGAAGACAUACCAUGACAGCAUUGAAAAAAAUGCAUUUGGGAAGAAAAAUGUUUGUUUUAUUACCAGGGAUUUUUACUCAGAAGAGUUGCUGCUUUAAAAAAUAAAAAUAAAUUAACACACACAUACUCUAAAGUAGUUACAAAAAGUGAAACAGCUCCCCUGGCCCAUUGUAAUGAUUUAAGUAAAUGCACAGUCUGCACAAACAAUUGUGGAAGAAAGUCUGCGGGAAACUGAACACAGCUUUAUAGGGGAGGAGGAAGUAUUCCACUAAACUUGUACCCCAAAUCCAGAAGAGGCCAGAGGGACUGUCAGAGCCAGGAAACCAUUCCCUGAGGCUUUUUCUUUUUCGGUCAUUUUCUCCUCACAGAGAAGGAGGCAUCAGGCUGAAGUCCAAGUCUCUUUGUGAGAUGCUAUCGUAGCAUGUACCAGAGGUAGGGUUGUCUUCUUUGCUAAAUACCAUGUAUAAAUAGGAAAUUCUGUUCAGCUCUAAGAGCACAGGAGAUUAUUGGCCUUCUCCUGUGCUCACAACUGUUUAGAUUUACUGCAGUUUUUGGUAAAUCGUUUUCUUAAGAAAUGUCUGGGACCAGAAAUGGCACCAGUGAAGGAUUUGUUGUGGUAUGCAUGUGUUUACCUGCUCUAUAGUCAGAAUAUGUGUAAAACACUGUGAGGUCAGACCAGCCAUGGUUUCCAGCAGCUUGGAAAUCACUGUGUGAACAGCAAUGCCCAGGACAGCCCAGGUUCCUCAUCUUUUCUGUCAUAUUUAAAGUAGUACACAAAUAAAUGAUGAAAUAGCAUUGUAUAUUUAUUGGACUGCCAUUUCAUCAACACUAACCGCUUCCAGAUAUGACAAACAGUAUAAAGUUGGUUCAAUACUGUUAAAAUUUUAGUGUUCAUUAUUUGGAAGAGGGAAAAAAAAUCUUUUCAAAAUAUUUCAAUAACAGAUAACAAUUUGAUCUGAACACAGAAUCAAAAAGUCUUCAAAGAGCUGUUUUCAGCUGACAUAUCUGUUAGACCCUGGAAUCAGGCCAGCACUCAAGCUCUUGACAAAAACUCACUGGGGUUUUUAAUGAAGAGGAGGCUUUGAAAUGUCUUUCAGCAUAGCGCGUGCCUCCGCAAGGAGCUCAGCGCAUCUAGGGGCCAUCUCCUGACAUGGCAGGAAGCACUGGUACUGGAAGUCUACAGACAAGCACAGGAUAGUUUAAGUGUCAGUCGUGAGGUUCACGUGGUAUUAACCUGCAGCUCCACAAACAUCUAAACUCAGAUUUCAUCCCGUUAAUCCUAACAGGAAGAAAACUGAAUGAACUUCCAUGGACUCUGAAUUUACGGUGUCUCUAUUGGUUGUGUCCUCGAGUAUUUCUGUUCUGUUUACUGAUAGUUAACUAGAAAUUAAGGUUUUUAUUGUUUACAUUCAUGGUGCUUGUAACCAAAUUUUGGGAUAACUGAGUGUACCACUGUCAGGAAAAGCAGUGAUGAUAGUGUACAGAAAACUUUUUGUCUGUAACAGGGAAAGCCAGAAGUUGAAGAGUGUUUCAUUGACGGUAGUAUUCAUUGUUUCUCCUUCCAUUAUUUAAGAAGGGGCUGAUCUCUUCGGAGAGCUGAAUAUGCACAAAUUUCAUGACAUUUAUGUAUCAUAUUAUUUUGGUUAACUUAUGAACAAUGUCAUUUGAGAACUGCAGGUUUUUCUUGGACUUUCUCUUCUUCUCACCCCAGAAUGUGUUGCUUCUGUUAAAUAAAAUAGAGACAAAAAGUGA